GGGCAAAACAAAAAAAAAGGGGAAUUACUUCAAUAGAUACAUUCACUGAGAUCAACAGUUUGAAUUGCUGUAUAAAUCAACAAAUUAACAAUGGAAAUAUUUUAAUGGGUGAUAUCUCGCAUAGGCAUUUCAAUAUACUUUUUUUUGAAACAAUGAUGUUGUUCACAUUUAGGCAAUAUGAUUCUUUUUUCUUUGUACGACUUGUGAAUAAUAGAUAUAUAACAGUCAAGAAAAAAAAAAAAAAAACUUUUUUUUGAUUUUUAUUCGAAAAAUCUUUUUAAAAUUCACUUCUUAGAAAAUGUCAUCUACUUAUUGUUUUUUAAUACAAUUUAUCCUUAAUUUUGUUGGAUCUACUGCUGCAGAUACUGUUGAAAACAAUCUAUUUCACGGAAAACGUUCUGAUAUACCUGCACCUUACUUACCAACAGAAUGCAUGUUAGAAAUAUUUAAACAUGUUCAAGCUCAAGAUUCUGGAUUGUAUUCAUGCCUUUUAGUCAAUCGAUAUUGGUGUAAAAAUAUAGUACCUUUAUUAUGGUCUCGUCCUUUUGAAGCUUUAUCAACUGAGAAUCGUUACAAAUUAAUUCAUACAUAUCUCGCAUGUCUUGAUCGUGAAGAUUAUUUAAAUUUAAGUUCAUCAUUACAAUCUUAUAAUAUAAAAAUUCCUGAAAUUAGACAACCGCUUUUCAAUUAUUCAAUGUAUUUAGAAGAAUUUUCUUAUAAACAAUUAGAAAUUGCGGUACACUCUACCAUUCAUAUUUGGUGUAAUAAAACAUUUAUAAAUAAUCAUAAGCAAGAUCAAAUUCUUUUAAUCGCUACAACACUUUGUAAAUUAUUUAUGAGGAGAUCAAUUUCUUUAAAAUCUUUUAUUAUAGAUAAAUAUUUUAGUCACUCAGAUAUUCCACAAAUUUCCACGUUUAUCGAACAACCAGGAUUAAGUCAUCUGACCAGAUUUAAAAUUGAUUAUUGUAAACCAAUGACAACGAAUACCAUAAAAUUAUUAGAAAAUUUACCAUAUUUAUGUUCUAAUAUACGUUGUCUUGAUAUCAAAUUUCCUAUAUUUGAACAUAAUCAUAAAUCUAUUUCACGUAUAAUUAGUACUCAAAAAUGUUUAAAUGAAUUUAACUUAUCUGGAGUUAGAAUUGGAAGCGAAAGAAUUCUUUUUUCUUUACAAUCACGGCAUGAAACUUUAAAUAUAAUAAGAUUGGAAAAUGUUUAUAUCACGGAAGCUUGUUUUAAUGCUUUAGCUCUUUGUGAAAAUUUAAAAGAUUUAAGUUUAUGGUAUUGUAGAGGUUUAUAUAUUGAAAAUACUUCAGUAUUAUUAAAAUCUAAAUUCUCUUUAAAAAAGUUGAGAUUAGGAUUUUCACCAAUUUGUAGUGAUGUGGCAGGAUUAAUUUUACAAGUUGGAGGUAUUUCUUUAAAAGAAUUAGAAAUUGAUUUAAUUAAUUCAAUAAUUGUUGAAAUAAUAUUGGAUUGUUGUCCAAAUGUUAAAGAAAUCAAAUUAGCCAAUUAUUUUCCUCAUGAUAAUAAUUAUUUAUUUUAUCAAUUAUUUUUUGGUUUAAGUUUAGAAAAUUUAGAAAUUUUUAUCAAUUCAAAAAAUUUAGAUUAUGAAGAUAUGAAAUUAACUGGACAAGAUUUACCUCCUUCUUUAAAAUAUUUAAAAUUAAGUUGUGGAUUUACUAUUGAUCAAUUUAAAGAAUUAUUUAAAACUUGUAAUGCUCCUUUAGAGACCAUUAUAAUUGAUUAUGUAGAUUUGAAUUAUGAUCAUAUAAAAGUUAUUACUAAAUUUAUUAGAGAAAAGAAAACUGUUAAAACGUUAGGAAUAGUUGGAAUGGAUGAUAUGACCUCUCAGGGGAUUAAAGAAUUAAAAAUGUUAAAGAAACGUUAUGGAAUUUUUAUCAUUCCCUCAUACGAAUUAAAUCAAUGGUAAUUAUAAUUGGCUGAAAGAAAUAUUAUUUAAUAAAAUUUUAUAUUAUAGAAGCGAGAACAUUUUUUUCAAUAUUAAUCAUAUAUACUAUCAUUGGCCUGUUGUAUUUACGCUAAAGUUGACAGUCUCGGCUAACAACUAUCAGUUGGUGGUAUAUUUGGCGGUAAUAAGAAUA